AGAACAUUUCAGAGGGAGGGACUAAGUUAUUAGGGUACAUCCAAAAUAACAAAACAAGCCAACUUAGGUGUUUUUCUCUACGUCUUUACCAACCUACCAACGAACCGUUUACUUCUAAACACCAUCGUGAACAACUACGGAGUACAAUGGCGAUCGCCGCCGCCUCCUUCGCCAACACCAGGUUGAGCUCGACUUCUCCGCUGCGCCUUUUCUCAACUCCCAUCAAUCCCAUUCAUCUUCGCUGCGUCAUUCCUACCAGAGCUAUUACUGCUACUGCACGCCCAGUUAAUGCCUUGUUUUCUCCGAAGUUGAACCGCCGCAAGUUUGUACAGCUUUGUUUUGCAGGCGGAGAUGGUGGCGCUAGUGGCGGAAACUUUCCCGGCGGAGACGGCGGUGGUGGCAGAGGAGAUGGUGACGACAAACAUGAUAACGAGAACAACGACGAAAACAACAAUAAGAGGGAGGCAUUGAUGGCAUUGGCGGAGGCUGGGAGGUCACUGGACAGCUUGCCUGGUGACCUGAAGGCGGCAAUCGAGGAUGGGAGGAUUCCCGGUUCCAUAGUGCUCAAAUUCUUGGAGCUGGAGAAAUCGGGUUUGCUGGCGUGGCUGCUUGGCUUUGCCGGGUUCAGGGAGCGCCUCCUGGCUGAUGAUCUCUUUCUUGCUAAAGUCGCCAUGGAAUGCGGCGUUGGGAUCUUCACCAAAACUGCUGCGGAGUACGAACGCCGCAGAGAAAACUUCUUUAAAGAGCUGGAAAUCGUUUUUGCAGAUGUGGUAAUGGCUGUAAUUGCGGAUUUCAUGCUCGUCUACCUUCCUGCUCCUACUGUUUCACUCCGACCGCCCAUUGCUGUGAAUGCUGGACGAUUUGCUAAGUUCUUCUACAAUUGUCCGGAUAAUGCAUUUCAGGUUGCCCUGCCUGGAAAAUCAUUUUCAUUUUUGCAAAGACUCGGUGCAAUAGUGCGGAAUGGGACCAAGCUCUUUGCUGUCGGCACAACAUCCUCUCUGGUUGGGACAGUUGCCACAAAUGCACUAAUAAAUACACGGAAGGCUGUUGAUAAGUCCUCAGCAGAGGAGGUUGAGAAUGUACCUGUACUGUCAACCAGUGUUGCCUAUGGUGUCUAUAUGGCAGUGUCUAGCAACCUUCGGUACCAAGUUCUGGCCGGUGUUGUUGAACAACGGAUUUUAGAGCCUUUGCUACACCAACAUAAAUUAAUACUGAGUGCCCUUUGCUUUGCUGUCCGCACAGGGAACACAUUCUUGGGUUCAUUAUUGUGGGUUGAUUAUGCGCGUCUGGUAGGAAUCCAAAAGGCAGAAGAAGUCGAGGCACAUAAGGUACAUGGUUAAUGUUAAGUUUCAUUGGAGGUGGCUAUAUAUGGAUCCUCGAUUAGUUGAGAUUAUAGACAUUUAUCUUCGAUGUCGCAGAUGAAUAUUCUUUGAGUUUCCUUUUGAGGGGCUUGUAAAGCCCCGUAUGGUUGGCAGAUAUUUGAAUCCCAUUGGAAAAAAAAUCACAUAAUAUAGAAUGAUUGAAUAU